UCAGUGUGAUAUUAUCUCAAAAAAGUCUUUUCUGGAAACAGUGAAACAAGGUUGAGAGAGAGAAAAAAAUGUCGGACGAGGAGCAUCAGUUUGAGUCCAAGGCAGAUGCCGGUGCCUCCAAGACUUACCCUCAGCAAGCUGGAACCAUCCGCAAAAAUGGCCACCUAGUCAUCAAAGGGAGGCCUUGCAAGGUCGUUGAAGUCUCUACCUCAAAGACCGGCAAGCACGGACACGCCAAGUGUCACUUUGUGGCAAUUGACAUAUUUAAUGGCAAAAAGCUUGAAGAUAUUGUGCCAUCAUCUCACAACUGUGAUGUGCCUCAUGUCAACCGUACUGAUUAUCAACUGAUUGACAUCUCUGAAGAUGGUUUUGUUUCUCUUUUGACUGAAAAUGGCAACACUAAAGAUGAUCUUAGGCUUCCAACUGAUGAGACUCUGCUUGGCCAGAUUAAAAGUGGGUUCGAGGAAGGAAAGGACCUUGUGGUGUCAGUCAUGUCUGCAAUGGGCGAAGAGCAGAUCUGCGGCCUGAAAGAUAUCGGCCCCAAGAACUAGAUCUGUUGCUUGUUAUUGCCAUAUAUUGAGACAAACUCCAAUAUUUCCUAUUAUGGGUGUGGAAUGUGUAUUUCAUAAACUUUUAUUUGUCUUUGUUGAUGGGUGAAACUGAAACGGUGAUUAUGUUGAACUUGAAGCACAUAUUUAAGCUUAUAUAGAUACCUAUGCGGCUAUGCCUAUGGUAUUUCGUUUUA